UAAAAGGGGGAAUCAGCAAAAAGUACUUCUGCUGGCUACAACUCUGACCCUUUGACUGCUCAAGAACCUGGAUGAAUGAAGAUCUUCAUUGGCGCUCAUCUCCACUCGUAAAGAACAUGAAUGCUAUAAAGGAAGAGGAUAUCUAUGACUUUCUACCAGAGCAUUUGUCUACGGACAUGAAAGGUAGUGGUACUUGCACACCAACUUGCAAAGAAGAACCAUGUUUGUCGCAUGAAAUUAAAGGAGAGAAGUUUCAAGUCAUGCCAUUUAGUGGUCAUGAGAGCACUUCUACAAUUCAGCCAUCAACUCCAUCACAACAGGGAAUGUCUAUGAAGCUGAUUAAAGAGGAAGACAUUUAUGAUUUCCUCCCAGAAUAUUUGUACAGAACUAAGGAGGAAGAGAAUGAAACUUACAUAGCAGACGUGAAAGAAGAAGCCCUGGACAUGAAAAGGGAAUCAGAGUUUUCUCGAACGGAACACAAUGCACACACGGCUCCAACAGGUGAACACCAGACAGCUCAUAAUAACACAGACCAACACAAAUGUCCCACAUGUGGGAAAGCAUUUGGACGAAAGUCUACUCUCAAGCGGCAUCAGAUAAUCCAUACUGGGGAAAGGCCUUACCAGUGUGCAGCAUGUGGAAAAGACUUUACAGAAAAAGGUUCCCUCAUCAUCCAUCAGAGAAUCCAUACUGGGGAAAAACCAUUUCAGUGUUCAGCAUGUGAUGCAGCCUUUUCACAAAGCAGCUCUUUAGCUUAUCAUCAGAUAAGCCAUACUGGAGAAAGCGCUCACCAGUGUGAUAAAUGUGGAAAAGGCUUUACAAGGAAAAGUCAUCUCAUCAUCCAUCAGAGAAGCCAUACUGGAGAAAGCGCUCACCAGUGUGAUAAAUGUGGAAAAGGCUUUAAACAGAAAGGUCACCUUACCGGUCAUCAGAGAAAACAUACUGGGAAAAGGCCUUACCAGUGUACUACAUGUGGUGCAGCCUUUUCACAAAGCAGCUCUUUAGCUGAUCAUCAGAUAAGCCAUACUGGAGAAGGCUCUCACCAGUGUGAUAAAUGUGGAAAAUGCUUUAUAAGGAAAAGUCUUCUCAUCAUCCAUAAGAGAAUCCAUACUGGAGAAAGGCCAUACCAAUGUAAUACGUGUGGAAAAGACUUUAAACAGAAAAGUCACCUUACCAGUCAUCAGAGAAAACAUACUGGGAAAAGGCCUUACCAGUGUACUACAUGUGGAAAAGGAUUUAGACAGAAAACUCACCUCAUCACGCAUCAGAGAACCCAUACUGGAGAAAAGCCUUAGCAUUGUGCCAUGUGGGAAAGGCUUUGCAU